AUUGUUGAAGUGGAGAAGAAGAGCGGCAGCAUGGCUCAUGCGACCUUUACUCAGACUGGAGAACAGGUCCAAUCCUGCAAGCUGAUAAGCGGCCACUCAAUACCUGCGGUGGGGUUGGGCACUUGGAGAGCUGGUUCCCAGGCCAGCAACGCUGUCUUCACCGCAAUCGUUGAGGCUGGUUACAGGCAUAUAGAUACGGCUUGGGAGUAUGGAGUUCAAGCAGAGGUAGGACAGGCUCUUAAGGCGGCUAUGCAUGCAGGGAUAGAGAGAAGGGAUCUAUUCGUUACAUCUAAGUUAUGGUGUACUGAGUUGGAGCCAGGAAGAGUUCGAAGUGCUUUAAGCAAAACCCUUCAAGAACUGCAACUUGACUACCUUGACCUCUAUCUGAUCCACUGGCCAUUUCGGCUGAAAGAUGGACCCAGCAGACCACCCAAGGCUACCGAUAUUUUGGAGUUCGACAUGGAAGGAGUUUGGAGAGAAAUGGAGAAGCUUGUCAAGGAAGGUCUCGUCAGAGACAUCGGUGUUUGCAAUUUUACACUGAAGAAGCUCAAUAAGCUGUUGGGUUUUGCUCAAACAAUGCCCUCUGUGUGUCAGAUGGAGAUGCAUCCUGGAUGGAAGAAUGAUAAAAUGUUGGAGGCUUGCAAGAAGAAUGGCAUUCAUGUCACUGCAUCACCACUGGGUUCAUCCGAGGGUGGAAGAGACCUCAUCCAUGAUCCAGUAGUUGGAAGUAUAGCAAGAAAGCUGAACAAGAGUCCAGGGCAGGUGCUGGUGAAGUGGGCACUAAAGAGAGGGACUAGCGUCAUUCCCAAAUCAAGCAACCCUGAGAGGAUCAAAGAGAACAUACAGGUCUUUGGGUGGGAUAUGCCAGAUGAAGAUUUCCACGCUCUCUGCUCCAUACCAGAUCAGGGGAGAGUUUUGGACGGUGAAGAGCUGUUUGUGAAUAAGGAAGAAGGGCCAUUCAGAAGUGUGACAGAGCUAUGGGACAAUGAAAUCUAGAUUCUCUUCGGAUCUUUGUUAAUCAGCUGUGUGUUAUGUUUAUAACUUGUGUCGUUGGUCAUAGAACUUGGAUGUAUGUAGAAUAAUGUCUACCAGCCUUCUAUAAUAAAUUAUAGCAAUUAUGGAAAAUUUUCUAGAUUGUCAAUGCGUAGCUUGGUCCAUGCGACGGACCAGUUGAAACUCCUUAUCUUCAUGGGAAAUUCUGGUGGUCUGUGGCCUGUAUGUAGAGUCAAAACGCGUUUUGACGUAGGGUCAUGGGUCGUGUAUUGUAAAAGAUAAACAGUGAGCUUAAGUAAUGAA